ACACGGCAGCCACGAGAUGUAGCUUGGCAGGGAAACCAGCGGCGCGAGCAAACAGGUCCCCCCACCCCCGCACUUGUUCCCUGUGCCUGUCCCUGCCCGGGUGCUCCGGGGCGGGCUGCCCCCUCCCCGCCAGCGGCUGGGGUCUCUCCUCUGGACAAGGCACUGAGUGAGUGACGGGGGACGCGGCCAGGCUUGAAGAAUGGCAUGCAAAGAUGGUUUCUGCCAAGGAGCUAGUGAUCGCGAUGUCCUCGGGUCUCUCCAUCACCCUCCUGCACUUCCUGUGCCUGGCGACCUGCGUCACCGAGCCCCCGGGACAGAUCAAAAAGGAGGAGAAAUUAUGGCCGGAGAAUUUUACAAGCAUCCUGAACAGUCUCCUGGAUGGUUAUGACAACAGGCUGCGUCCUGGAUUUGGGGGUAUGGUUACUGUGCACGGUCCCUCCUGUCUGUCAGUCUGCCUGUGUGUCUGUCUGUGGGGAGAACUAGGUCCUGUUACUGAAGUCAAAACAGAUAUAUAUGUCACCAGUUUUGGACCUGUUUCCGAUGUAGAAAUGGAGUACACAAUGGAUGUCUUCUUUCGUCAGACAUGGGUGGACAAAAGAUUAAAAUAUGAUGGUCCCAUUGAAAUUUUAAGACUUAAUAACAUGAUGGUUUCAAAAGUGUGGACACCUGACACUUUUUUCAGAAAUGGGAAAAAAUCCGUCUCGCAUAAUAUGACAGCCCCAAAUAAACUUUUUAGAAUAAUGAGAAAUGGCACCAUCUUAUACACAAUGAGGCUUACCAUAAGUGCAGAAUGUCCCAUGAGAUUAGUGGAUUUUCCAAUGGAUGGUCAUGCUUGUCCUCUCAAAUUUGGGAGUUAUGCAUAUCCAAAGAGUGAAAUGAUUUACACCUGGACAAAAGGACCUGAGCAAUCUGUGGAAGUUCCUGAAGAGUCUUCCAGUUUAGUUCAGUAUGACCUGCUUGGGCAUACUGUGUCCACUGAAACUGUUAAAUCUAUUACAGGUGAAUAUGUUGUUAUGACAGUUUACUUCCACCUCAGACGGAAAAUGGGUUAUUUUAUGAUUCAGACAUAUAUCCCAUGCAUUAUGACUGUGAUCCUCUCGCAAGUGUCAUUUUGGAUAAAUAAGGAAUCUGUUCCAGCUAGAACCGUAUUUGGAAUAACGACAGUUUUGACAAUGACAACAUUGAGCAUCAGUGCAAGGCAUUCAUUGCCAAAAGUAUCCUAUGCCACUGCCAUGGACUGGUUCAUAGCUGUCUGCUUUGCCUUUGUGUUCUCUGCUCUUAUUGAGUUUGCUGCUGUCAACUAUUUUACUAACGUUCAAAUGGAAAAGGCCAAAAGGAAGACAGUGAAAUCUCUCCUUGAAUUUCCAGUCAUGCCAGUGAAGCGAGAACAGUGCACAGAAGAGGCACUCAUGGCUACAGAUGCCAAUUCAAAUGUGAGGAAAAGAACAAACGCCAUGGCACAGUCAGAGGCCGAUGGUGGGAACCGAACUGACACAGCAAACAGUUCCAUCCAACCUUCUGUGGUAACUCAGGGGUCUUCUGACAUUACACCCCAGUCUCUUUCAGCAUCAAGUCCAAACCCGUUCAGUCGCCUGAAUGUAUCAGAAACAUUGUCUUCUGCAAGAGCUACUCCUCCAGCUCCUCCCUCCACCCCAAUUUUAACUGGAUGCAUAACACAGCAUGCCACAGCUGGAUCCCCAUCCAUUCAUCAUUUACUUGGAUCUAGACUGGAGCAGAUUCAGACCACAGCUAAUACGAUGGGAGCAUCUGUAAAGCCGUCUGCUAUCUCUCCGUCUCCUGCUCCCCCUGCUUCCAGCUCUGGCACUAGUAAGAUAGACAAAUAUGCACGCAUUCUAUUUCCUGUCACAUUUGGAGCAUUUAACAUGGUCUACUGGGUAGUGUAUCUAUCCAAGGAUACCAUGGAAAAAUCAGAAAGUCUAAUGUAGUUUUGCUGCUAUGUAGUAGUUUCCUUAAUUAUUAUAACACAUUUGUUGCAGGGUUCCUUCUUUUAAAACUUUUUUUUUUUUUUUUAAAAGGAGACCAUUAAUUCUUACGUUACUAGGCUCUGUGCUAGGUUCCCACUGCAAAGAACAAGUUUAUUGGGACAAUUAACUAACUCAUCGCUGAAUAAAGGGUAAGAAAUUGGCUUCUCUCUCCCAAAUAGGUACACAGAACAGGGCCGGCUCCAGGCACCAGCUUGGCAAGCAGGUGCUUGGGGCAGCCACU